AUGCUUCAUGAAAAGUUAAAAGCGUAUAUAUCAAAUAUAAUAACAGAUAACCAUAUGAUUGAAAAACAUAAAGAUGAAAAAACCAACUUAGAAAACGUUUUAAAUAAUAUGUAUCUUAUAGAAAAUGCACUAAAAAAAACAAACAAUAAACUAUUUAGACGUAUAAGUCAAACUCAAUUAAAAAAAAUUAUUUUAUGUAUAUUGAAAAAUGAUGAUAAAAGUGAAACAUCCUAUGCACAAAUAACCAAAUCGAAAAAGAAACUACAAAAUAAAUCCAAACGUGUUUAUAUUAGUGAUUCGAAUCAAAGCAAUAAUGAAGAUAAUGAUGAUAACAACGAUAUUGAUAAAACAAGAAAAAUUUUGAAAAAUGAAAAAACAAAAAAAAAAAAAAAAAAAAUAUAUCAAGAAAUAAAUAAUGGAAUAGACAUAGGAGCAAAUAUAGAACUGGAAGGUAACCCUGAGAAAAUUGAAAAACAUGGAUAUGAUCAAGUAAAUAAUGAAAAUAUUGAAGGAAAUAAAAUAAAAACAAAUUUAGUUAAAAUAAAAGAAGAAAAUAAUUUUACAAAUAGCAAUCUAAAUAAUAUUAAAAUAUGUAUAGAUAAAAAUACAGUAAAUUUAAAUACAUAUAAAGGAAUAAAUAAUAUAAAAAAAGAUAUAUAUUAUAGUAUAGUAUAUCCUUAUAAGUAUAGACAUGAUAAUUUUAAUACUAUUAUCAAUAUUAAUGGUAUUAACGGGUCAGGUAAAACAUCAUUAGUAUAUGCUAUUGCAGGAGAAUGUGAUAGCCAUUUUUUUUAUAUAAAAUUACCUGAAUAUGUUAAAUAUUUAUCAAAUGAUAAUAAAAAUAAUAAAUUAAAAAUAUUAUUUGAACAAAUAAAAAAUGAAUAUAAUAAAUGUAUACUAUGUAUUGAUGAUAUGGAUAUUUUAUUUAAUUCAAAAGAUGAUACAAUAGAUAUAUAUAUAUUUACAUAUUUAUUGAAUUUAUUUGAUAAAACUAAUGUAGUUAUAAUAUUAUUAAGUAUUAACAAACCGUAUGAUACUAUAUUAUAUUCAAAAAUUCAAAAAUUUAUAUCUAUGCCAAUACCUACCUAUGAAGAUCGAAUUGAAAUUUUACAAAAUUUAUCUCAAAAUUUAGAAAUAAAUUUUGAUGUUAUUUAUACUGCUUCGAUUACUUAUGGAUUUAAUAGAGCACAAAUAUAUGAUAUAUUAAAUGAAUCGAAAAACCUUUUUAUAUAUAAUCAUGUAUUAUAUGAUAAAACCAAUGAUACCCAAAUUAGUUCCUAUUUUAUGGAUAAUAAAAAAGACUCAAUCUCUAUAAAUAUAUCUACAAAUGAAGAUAACAAUUAUGAUCAACAUUUAAAAAUAGAAAAUGAUGAUAUGCCUAACGAUACAACACAUUAUGCAGAUGAAGAAAAAGAUUCAAAUUCUUUAAAAGAUAAUUCUCCAAAAUGUGUAAACAAUAAAAUAGAAAGUGUCAUGAAUAUAAAUUCAUUGAAGGGGUUAAAAAAUGUGGAAGAAAUUGAAAAAGUAACAAAUUUAACAAAGAGAAAAGAAAGAAAUAAUAGUGAUUAUGUAGAUAUUUAUAUAAAGGAAAAAAAACAAAAAAAAAUAAUUCCUAUAAAUAUAAAUAAUGAUAUAAUUUAUGAAAGCAUAAAAAAUAUUAAAAAAAAAAUUACAACACAAAAUAUAUGUGAAGUACCCAAUAUAAAUUUAGAUAAUAUUGGAUCUUUAAAAAAUAUUAAAAAAAUAUUAGAAACUAAAUUUAUUUUACCUGUAAAAUAUUCUAAUAUAUAUAAACAUUUAGGUAUAAAUAAAAGUAUGGGAAUAUUAUUAUAUGGCCCACCAGGAUGUGGAAAAACAAUGCUAGCCAAAGCUAUUAGUAAUGAAAUGAAAGCCAAUUUUAUAGCCAUAAAAGGACCUGAAAUUUUAAAUAAAUAUGUUGGUGAAAGUGAAAAAAAAGUUCGAGAAAUAUUUUCAUAUGCUUCAACAUAUAAACCAUGUUUAAUAUUUUUUGACGAAAUUGAUAGUAUAUGUAUUAAUAGAGAUAAUAAUAAAACAGCUGCUGCAUCCGAUAGAGUAGUAAAUCAAUUGUUAACUGAAAUGGAUGGAUUAUCACAAAGAGAAGGUAUAUAUAUUAUUGCAACUACAAAUAGACCCGAUAUUAUUGAUAAAGCAUUAUUACGAACUGGUAGAUUUGAUCAACUUAUAUAUGUAUCAUUACCUAAAUAUCAAGGAAGAAUUGAUAUUUUAAAAAAAUUAUCAAAAAAUAUGCCAUUAAAUAAAGAUAUAGAUUUUAAACAAAUUUCUAUUUUAACAAAAGGCUAUAGUGGAGCUGAUUUGCAUGGAGUAUUAAGAGAAAGUGCUUUCAUAGCUCUUCAAGAAUGUAGAGAUAAAAUUGAUCGUUUUAAUUAUAAAUUUCAUGGAAUCACAUCAUUCACAUCUCCAAAUAUUGAGCAAUCAUGUGAAAAUGAUGGACAUAAUCAAAAUAAAAAACAAAAUUGUUUUAUCACAACAUCAGAAAAUACGUUAAAUUGUGUUUUAAAUAAAAAUGAUGCAUCUUCAUUUGAAUCUAAAAAUGAUUAUAGUGCAUAUAUUUUAAAUGAUAAUAAAUUGGAUGAAAUUAAUCCAAAAAGUUUAGAACAUUAUAAUUCUGAAAAUGGGCAAACAACAAAUAAUGAAAUAAGUAAUCCAAAUAUAACGGAUCAAAAUAUUUUUGAUGUUGUACAAAAUCAAAUUAUGACAAUUGAAGAUGAUAGUAUAAAAUUGGGGAAAAUAGAAAUGGAAGAAAGACAAAAAGAAGAAGAAAAUAAUAAAGAAAAUUUUAUUUACAAAAUUGAAGAUUUAAAAAAUGAAGAUCUUCAAGAAAAAGAUAAAAAUAAUUUAAUAUACGAAUUCAUUCAAAAAAAUAAAAACAUAUUAGCAAUUAAACAAAAGCACAUACUCCAAGCUAUUAAUAUUGUCCCUCGAAGUGUUACCAAAAAACAAAUGAAAUAUUAUAAAGAAAUAAGCAAAAAAUUUAAAUAG